AUGGCACCUGCAGCUACUUCAACUCUCCCAACUGCCCCUCACAACCUUACAGGUCCUAUUGAUAUCAACUUGUUCCCCGAUGGCCUGAAGACCACCGGUCAACAUACCCCCCUCUACGACCACAUCGUCCCCUUCGAAAAGUUCCCCAAGCAGAUCACCGGUCCAACAGUCUGGGAUCCAGAAGAAUACCGUUCCAACCCUGAGAAAUGGACUCACGUCUUUACCGACGAUCAAAUCGCCGAGCUCAGCACAGCUGCUGAUGCCUUCCUCGAAUCCAAGACCCCACUAACGGGAAUCUCCAAGAAAAACUUCAUCCUUCCCAACCUCGCUAGCUACCUGCACACACUGCGCGCCGAUCUCAUCGACGGCAAAGGAUUUAUCCUCUUCAAGGGCUUCCCUGUCGAGAAAUGGGGUAACCACAAAUCUGCCGUCGCCUACAUGGGUCUUGGAACCUACCUUGGCUACUUCGUCAGCCAGAACAGUCGCGGCCAUGUCCUGGGCCACGUCAAGGAUCUAGGCGAGGACUCAACCCAGAUCGACAAGGUCCGCAUAUACCGCACCAACGCCCGCCAGUUCUUCCACGCAGAUGACUCCGAUAUCGUCGGUUUGCUCUGUAUCACUAAAGCCCUUGAAGGAGGCGAGUCUGAUCUUGUCUCUUCCCACAACGUCUAUAACACACUUGCCGUUGAGCGUCCUGAUGUUCUGAAGACUCUCACUGAGCCAAUCUGGUACUUCGAUCGCAAGGGCGAGACAAGUAAGGGACAGGAAGAAUUUAUUCGCACUGCAGUUGUAUACCUUGAGCGUGGCGAGAAUGCCCGUGUUUACACAAAAUGGGAUCCUUACUACGUUCGCUCGCUGGGCCGCUUCAGCGAUGCUGGAAUCAUUCCUCCCCUGACAGAAGCCCAGACUGAGGCUCUGCACGUGCUGGAACAGACUUGCCAGCGUUUGUCGCUGCAUAUGGUUCUCGAUAUCGGUGAUAUUCAAUUCCUCUCGAAUGCGCAUAUUCUGCACGCUCGCACAGCGUACAAGGACCAUGCUCCCCCUCUGCCUCGUCGUCAUUUGAUGCGUCUUUGGUUGGCUACGCCUGAGCACGAGGGUGGAUGGAAGUUGCCAUUCUGGGAUAGCAAUGAGAAGAAGAGAGGUGGUAUUCAGGUUGAUGAUCAGAUCCCUGUUGCGCUCUUGGAUGCAGAGUAA